UGUGGCAACCAGAGCCAAGUGUUCAGCAGCAGCAGCAGCAGCCCAGUGCGUCGAGCAGAGAUGGAGGGAGAGCUGACCGGCUCUGAGCUCAUGUAAACCGGACUGAAGGACACCAGCCGAACCGGGGAAUAACCAUGUUUGAUCCCGAACAGUGAUCAUCCUCAGGACAGGACCAGGAUCAGAGACACUGAUCGGCGUCAUGAAACCAGUCCUGUAUUGAGCCUCUCCUCGGUGGGUUGGCAUGGCCCAGUGAUGAACGGAGCGGUGGUGCCCGGUAGCCCGGAGCUCUCCUCCUCGUGCCCACUGCCUGACUGGCGAGAGUUCUGCGAGCUCCAUGCCCGAGCAUCUGCUGCAGACUUCGCUGACAAGUUCCAGCGCUUUCUGUCGGAGAACCCGUGCUACGACUCACCCGGCGCGGAUGCCAGCUUCUCGCAGCACUUUGCCCACCACUUCCUCGAGUGCUUCUCUGCAGCGUUGACCCAGGCCCGGGAGAACCAGGCGUCCUCCCCGGGAGAGGACGGGACGAACUCUGCACCCAAAUAUAGCAUCGUCCCUUUCCUGGGAAUCCAGGGUUGCCCGUUGUCCUACGGCCACGACCUCUACCAGAGACGCAAGGACGCCGGGGCUUCAAGUGAAUCUCUGGACAGUAUGGACAGCGGAGGGGGAGGGAUAGACGGGGGAGGCAGUGGCACCGCCGCCUCCCGGGGCCCUCAAACAAACCACAAGGUGUCUGCUCUGGGACAGUCCCGCAGCUCAGAGGACGUGUCAGUCAGUCACCCGAAGGCUCGCUUCAAGAAGGGCUUCUCCCUGAGGAACAUGAGCUUGUGCGUGGUGGACGGGGUGAAGGAGAUGUGGCACAGACGGGCCUCCCCUGAACCCGACGCCCCCGCUGGGACCAGAAGGUCCAACGGGGCAGGAGGAGGAGGUGGAGGAGGAGUAGGAGGAGGGGGAGGGGAGGCUGCAGGUGGGGAGAAGUGGUCCCAAAAGCUACGGCUUCCUAGGGGUUCCCAGGGCCACAAGGCCGAGCUCCUGGAAAUCCAGAGGGAGGGAGCGCUGAGGUACAUGGUGGCCGAUGACACAAACUGUAUGGGUGCGGUGCAGUGGCAGAAGUGCCGCCUUCUGCUGAGGAAGACGAAGAGGGACGAAGGAGGCGAGAAGUUCCUGCUGGAGUUCUACGUACCACCCAAGUCCUCAAAGCCCAAAGUGAGCAUCCCUCUGUCAGCCAUCGUGGAGGUGAGGACCACCAUGCCGCUGGAGAUGCCUGACAAGGACAACACCUUUGUUCUUAAGGUGGAAAACGGCGGGGAAUACAUCCUGGAAACCAUUGACUCCCUGCAGAAAAACUCGUGGGUUGCUGACAUCCAGGACUGCAUAGACCCCGGGGACAGCGGCGAUGACAUUGAGCUGGCGUCAUGUCCUCAUGGUCAGGCCUCCAAAGACUGCUCCAUGGUGGCCUCUUGCAGCUGUGAGCUGCUGUCUGAGGGUGUGUACCGUGCUGCAGAGAGGUCGUGCUCCACAGCGGCAGAGCAUUACAGCGCCCCCUCAGUCCGUUGCAGGGAACCUCCUUUCACCCAGCACCCAUCCCACAUGCCUUUAGAGCGCUUCCUCCAGUCCCCAGAGGCCCAGGGCUCCAACACUUCUGCAGGUGGUGGUGAAGGAGCAAAAGACUCAGAUGGAGAUGCCAGCUUGGCGGGUUACCCGUGGUUCCAUGGCACGCUGUCUCGAGUGCGCGCCGCUCAGCUGGUGCUCGCGGGCGGAGCCAGGAGCCACGGGCUGUUUGUGAUUCGCCAAAGCGAGACGCGGCCGGGGGAGUACGUCCUCACCUUCAACUUCCAGGGCAAAGCCAAGCAUUUGCGCUUGUCAGUUAACGAGAACGGACAGUGCCACGUCCAUCACUUGUGGUUCCACACCGUGUCGGACAUGUUGAGACACUUCCACGCCCACCCAAUCCCCCUGGAAUCUGGGGGCUCGGCUGACAUCACGCUUCGCUCUUACGUACAAGUGCAGCGAAGCUCCACCACAGACGUGCCCGUGCCACCGGUCCUCACUCCACCCAGGGAUGCAGGCUGCCGGACAGAUUUAACCCAGCCUGCUCUCCACCCACCCGGAAUCGCACCUGCGGGGCCGCCCUCCGAUGCCCCGCUUUCAUCGAGCACCUCCUCCUCGCCCACCGCUCUUCCCUCCCUCUCCCGCAGUGACCCAGGUACUGGGGGAGGAGUAGGAGGGGGGUUGCAGAGCCGGAGCAACAGCUCCGAGCGCCUGCUGGAGGCCUCUAGUGGUACGUCGGAGGACUACCACGACGCUGACGGGACUCGCAGGGCCCGAGCCGUGGAGAACCAGUACUCUUUCUACUAAACGACCCAGGGCAGGCGUUCAGUCUUGCGUUUUCAGGCUGGAUGAGGUGCAGAAAGUCAGAGGUGACAUGGGGGCGCUCUGCAGAUGGCGCAAAUCACUGGAUCGCCUAUCAUUUAGUUUGUUUUUAUUUCAUGAUGAAUUCUCAGAUUUGAGCAGGGCGGGAGAUGAUGCAGAGCAGCGUGUCCACGCUGUGGCUUUGAUUCAGAGUCAGCUGUCGAAUGUGUGUGCUCUAACAGAUAGUAAAAAAAGGGGGGUGGGGGGGUCUACAGAUAGAAAAUGAGAUUUUAAAAUGAGGGAGAUGGAGAGAAUGUAGUGGUGAACAUAAGUGUAGGUGGAGGAAACAAGAGGAAGUCAACCAGUGGAGUCAUAUGGCUUUGAUUCACCUCCUCUGACCACUUCCUGUUCACCCUUACCCACAGUUCCCUGGGAGCAGAGCCUGUGUCACCACCCCCGCUGGCGGAAUGAGAGUUUGAAAUGACCCUGAAAGGAACAGUCCCUCCCUUCAGAGCUCCUCCGAGCUCCCGAGAGCAUCCCAUUAAUGUUUGUAAAGCUGCUUUGAGUCUGUUCCGGAUUUCCUCGCUGUCCCUGCGGGUUUUUCCUACAAAGUCCUGCUCCGGGUCCUUGCUCUUCUCUAACAUCAGCACAGCAAUCAUGGGUGUGUUAGUGUUAGUGGGGAGAUGUUUUUCUUAAACAUGUACAGCCUAAAGGGUCUUAGUGCCUGACAAUUAUCUUGAACUUGAACUGACUGUUGUCCAUAGCAACAAGGAGGGUGACGUCGCCGUCAGCAGCCCAAAAAUUAAUAAUAAUUAAAAAAAAGAAAAAAGAAAUUCACUUUAAAACUGUUGAAGAUGAACAAAACGAGUCUGUACGGACAGGACAGGGUGGCUCCCAUUUUAAUGUCCUAAUGGGUUAUUUCUAUGAGUGUGUGGUGGUGUAUUAGAGUCCAAAUAUUUUUCAAUGAUCAGUGUGCUACAGUAGUGUUUCUGAGACAUGGUUUUCGGGGUCCCUCCGUCUGGUGGUGGUUCUGUAUUCAAAUCUCAUCAUAUCAAUAACCUGUAGAAUAGAUACGCUGUUAAUAUAGAACACUUUGAGGUAAUGCCUGGAAGAUAUUAUCAUACCAAAUCCAGCAUUUAUCGGAGGGACGUGGGAGUUUUUUUUUUUUUUUUUUUAAGUUUUUUUAAGUUUUUGUUUAGCUUUCUGAAUGGUGACAGUAUUGUGUACUGUGCGGCCUACAGGUGAACUUGUGGGUGUGAACUGGAACGGUACAGUUAGCAAAACAAAGCGAGCUAGGCGGCCAUGCUCGAAUGGAAAGGUGUGACGUUGCUGCUUUACCGAAUGCAGGCAGCUCAGGCACCACUGAGCUUUUUAUGCUAACUUUAGAAGAUAAUGGGAUUUACACAACAGAAAAUGCUAUGAGUAUUCAUACCUCAACACAAAACAUAUUUGUUAGAGUGUCCUAACAAAGGGAAAGUAUGAUAUUUUAAAAUAUGUGCUAAUUAACUGGGAAUUCGCUAGUCUGCCUCUUUCCAGGCAACAAUGCUAGUGUGACUGAAGAUCAUUAAUUAACACUUGGCUUGUUUUUUUAAUACAUAGAACAAUCAAAGAACAAACAUUGUAGACUCUCAAAUUUUCAAAAGUGAAAAUUUCCAGUAAGGUAAAAAUUCACAAGUGGUUCGCUGAUGUUUUUC